AUGGCGCCCAUCCAUGCGAUCACGCUGGACAAUGUCGACGAGAUAGUCGAGAACUUAUAUCUCGGUGGUAUAACUGCGGCGCACGAGACCGAAAACCUUGUGGAGCAGGGGAUUCGGGCCGUGGUCUGCUGUGUCCGCGAGACAGAAUUCCCCAGCUACGACUUCAACAAGCAGAUUCAUUACUUCCGUGUGGACGUGGAAGAUGUCUCCAUUGAGCCCAUCGAGUACUUCUGGCCAGAGGCGAUGCAGUUCAUUCAUGAACAUCACUCCAAGGGCCUGCCGGUUUUUGUGCAUUGUCGUGCUGGGGUUUCAAGAAGUGCCUCCACUGUGAUAGCAUACCUCGUCAGCCAACUGGGCUUCACUUUGAAGGAUGCUUUCUUGCUGGCUCACAAGAAGAGACCGGUAGUAACACCCAAUCUUGGCUUUAUGGACAAGCUUUGUGAGCUGGAGAAGUCGAUCAAGGGCACUUCGAGCAUCGACUUGUUCAAGUACGAAAGCUGGUGGAGCGGCUCUCACAUGGCGGAAGUGCCUGAUGUGGGCAUUGAAGAUCUCGAAGAGAACCCCGAGCCGGAGAAGGUGCCGGAGGCCGAGGAGGCCGAGGAGGCCGAGGCAGCGUCGCCUUCGUCUCCCAGCGGUCGCUCCAGCGUGGCCCAAAAGCUCCAAGCUGCCAAUCGAAAGCUCAGGAUCCUCCGGGCCAUGUCUGACCUGGAACACCAGAAGCAGGUGCUCCUGGACCUUCCCGAAUUCGACGACGGCGACCCGCCGGUACAAAGGAAGCGCAUAGAGAGGAUCCGAGCCCUCCUCAUCCGCCAAGCGGCUCACGACCCGGAGUUGGGCUACUGCCAAGGUAUGCACCUCAGUGCCGCCAUCUUCGUGGCUGCCUCCGAAUCCCAGGGGGAGGCCUACUGGCGCUUCCACGGCUUCACCACGGCCCUCCGGGGCUUGUGGCUCGGAUCGAGCAGCUUCCCACUCCUGAGGAGUGGCUGCGCAUGCUUCCAGGAGGGGAGCAAGAAAGAGGAGCUUGCAAAAGGGAGACCUUGGUUUCAGCACCUCAUGGCCUUGAAGAUCGACCUGAACUUGUACCUCGCGCAAGCCUGGCUCGGGCUUUUCGGUCUCUGGCUGCCCUUCUCAGUCCUCGUUCAAUGCAUUCAGCUCUUGGAGGGGAGCCACAUGGCCGGGCUUUUGGCGAUGACCUUGGCUUUGCUGGAUCGGCGCAGCGACCGCAUGCAUGAAGCCCAAACAGAGGAUGGUCUUCUGCGAGUGCUCUUGAGCAAGGAGGACAUCUCGGCCCGGGAGAUCUUGCAAGAGACCCGGAAAAAUCUGGCUGAGGCCUCCAUCGCACUGAAACAGAACACCUGCGUCGUAGAGGAAGCGGAGCUCACCCUGACCAUGCGGAAUUCCAGAGUCUUCUCAGAUGAGCGGAAGAUCUUGGAAGGCUUACCAAGCUUGUCCGAGCUGGUACUCCAGGAACGGGUUGAACCUGAGGUGACGGAGAUUGCGCCCGUGCCCAGGCAGGACAUUUCUUGUUGGUCCUGCCUGGAAGCUUUCCGGAAGCCCAAAGAGAGCCCCCAAGUAGCGAAGCGUGCCGGAGCUAGCGUCCACGACCAGAACCAAGAGUUGGCAAAGAUGCGAAGCUUCACCCACGCAACCAUCAGGCGCGAGGCACGGCAGCGCCUGUCUCGCUUGAACUGGGCUGAUCAGACGUCGCUCCAAAAGUGA